CUUAUGUUUUCCUAACCUUAAAGAAAGACUUGCAGUCUUUUUAUUAACUUCCAUGUAUACGUAGUUUCGUUUGUUGUAUACUACGGAAAUGAAACGAAACGUAUCGAGUCAUUCACAUCGCGAUGAGAAAUGUAAAUCAUCACGCAGUGAAGAUCAUGAGACUGGUUCGCGUGCAAGAACAGAAGAAGAAAAAUUACGACGUAGACGCGAAUGGAUGAAACAAAAAGAGCGGGAACGAGAACAUGAAAAAUUGAAGGAAAAAAUGAUUUUAGAAUAUGAAAUACAACGUGCUCGUCAAAAGGGUUUACCUCUACCUAAAAGAAGAUUAUCACAUCAGGAUCGUAGUAAGAAUGAAAGCAGGUCUCCAGAAAAUCGACAUAGAAGAACAGCUACAUCAAAUACCUGUAAAACAUCUAUAUUAUCUGAAAAAGUAGAAUCAUCAGAUGGUACAACAUCCUUAUUUAAAGGCCCAGAAGGUAUACAAGUUAGUGCUACAGAACUACGAAGAAUAAAAGUAGACAUUCAUAGAAAAAUAAUGGGUAAAACAACAAUUGGUGAACUUCAACGAGAUAUUAUCAAUCCUGAAGAUGUGGUGCUGAAAAGAAGAACGGGAGAGGGAUCAAAACCUAUAUUUGAAAGAGAAGAAAUAAAAGGUUCAACUAAAACAGAAGAAAUUGAAGAACAUCGUACAGUUGUAGCUAUAAAUAAUGAAAAUUUAGAAAAUAAAUCGAAAACAUGUAAAAAAUUUGCUACUUCUUCAAGUCCUUUAAGAAGUCGAAGUCGUAGUCCUCGACGUACAUCUCAUCAUUCCAGGUAUGACAGUUCAAAACAUAGUAAGGAUAGUUACAGAAAUGAUAGAGAUCGCAGUAGAGGUAAAAGCAAAGAGUAUCAAGAAAAAGAUAGAAGGCACGGUGAAUCGCGUGAUGUAGAGGAAGAUCAUUUACGAGAAAGAAAAAGUCAUCAAGAUCAUUCUCGUUCAAGGGAGCGAGAAGAAAGAAAAUGGGAUAGAGAUUCCUGUCACAGGUUUAAAGAUGAAAGAUAUUAUCGAGAAUACCAAGAAAGAUCAAGAGGACGAUCUCGUGAAAGAAGAGAUAGAGAUACGUCUAGAGAACGUGGAGUACCUACAUCACACUACUUUGAACAGAUUCAUGUUCCUCUUUAUUAUAGUAACUUCUCUCCAAGACCAAUAAUGGUUGGACCUUUGGUUCCAAUGCGAGGACAGGUUCCUCUAAGUAGUAGACAUAUGAUGAGUCCGUUUCCAUUGAGGCCGUUUCCACCACGAUUUAUUCCUCCAGAUAUGUAUAGAUUACGUCCACCACCAAAUCCUAGAUUUGGGCCAAUGUAUUAAUGGAAGACUUGUUAUAAAGUCAUAUGUGAUGUUGAUUUAUUUA